AUGUCCUUUAUUUUGACGUUCCUUGUACUAUGGACAUCGUCUAUUGCUUUUCAACCAAUAACUGUUCCAAACCGAGCUUUAGUAGGACAUGUCUACCGCUCAUUAUACGACAUAGACUGGAUCAACUGCAUCCAGUCUUGCCAAGAUGAUCCAAGUUGCUCUUCAUAUAAUUUUGUUCGCUUAUUAAACGGCCUGGGCCAGUGUCAAAUGAUCGACUGUGGUUUGGAAGAUUCCUGUAACACUGAAGGCCUUGUGUUUUCUACUGGAGCAAUAUUCCAACAGAUAGUGCCAACAAGGGUGAGAAAGAUUAUUUUAUUGUUGUAUAGUAAUUAAUUUCCCGCAACGCUGAUAUGGCAAAGCUAUUUUGGAUAGCAUUAACGAUCUCAAGGUCUGAAAUUUGCUUUCCGUCCUCAAAACAUAUGAUGCAAUCUUUAAAAUUAAGAAUAUAAAUGUUCCAGCUGUAAUUAAAGUUUUGAGUUCGUUGUUUGUCAAUAUGCUACUUAAUUUUUCUAUGUCAUUAAAAAUGUUUUGGUUGACAGGGGCGGAUCCAAAAAAUUCAGAAAGGGAAAGUCAGGACACGGCUUAACAGCUCUAUUCUAGAUAUUUUUUAUUUUUUUGAGACGGAAUUCUAUAAAAAUAGUACAAAAUUUCAAAGGAAAAGGGAUUGCCGCGGCCCCCUGCAUCCCACACCUAAAUCCGCCCAUGGCUGAAAACAAUCCUGAUUUAAAGUUAACAUGGCCAGGUUAUUGUCAGUAAGAUGCUAGUAAAGUAAUUGCAAAGUCGACUCCUGGCUCCGGUUGUUCAAACGUUGGAUAGCGCUAUCCAUCGGAUAAAUCGCUAUCCAGUGGAUAAGUAUUAGGGAAACCAAUUGCGCUAUUCAGUGGAUAGAGAUUUAUGCGCUGUAUAGCGCUAUCCAAUUUUUGAACAACUGGGGCCUGGCGGUGAUUUAAUUUCAAGGGUGUAAACUUAUGAUUUUUUGAAAUUCCUAAUUCUUUUAGGGAACAGAAAUUUGCGAGUCUUCAGUGCACGAUCAUGAGUCACACGCAGGUGAGUGGCCAGCCGCUACAAAGGCCUUUCGCUUAUCCUCUAACGUAAAAGCCCUGGGGACGAGGAUGGACAUUCAUUAUUCACUUUAUAACUUUGUUUGCAAGCUUUACCCUGACGAAUAAAGAAUAGUACUAAAAAUGCCAACAAAAAACGUCUUGCAAUAAAAUGACAUUUUUUUCUUCCAUGUCAGAUUUCAGCUUGCUAUUUCCCUCUCCACAGUCAGUUGAAAACUACGUUGAAGGUCGUCGAAUAAACCAGGAAUUCACCAAACUAAGCGUGUGCUUCUGGGUAAAGGCCACAUCAAACCAUAUAUCAGUGUUCAGUUACAGAGGAACCAGAGGAAAAAAGGAAAUGGUGCUGGAAAUCUAUGACACCAACUACCUAAAGCUAACUGUUGGCGAACAAUCCAAGUAAGAAGACUGCUAAGGCACAAUUUGCAGAGGUUUUUAUUUUCUAAAAAAAACUGAAAACGAAGCUGACUGAACCAAACCAUGAGAAUAUAUUUUCUCUGUGGUAAACCGUGAAAAAUCUGCCUAAAUUUAAUACGGUUUACUGUCCAAAGAAAGAAAAAUUCUGGGAAAUAUAUUUUAUUCGACGUCUGCUAAAAACGUUAAGCUACACUUAAUUAACGUCUUUGAUGUAAAGGACUUACCAAGAGAAAGAAUUAAAGGUUAUCACAUGAUCCAUUAGCCCGAGUAAAAGAACAGAGAUGGGUACCGACUAUUCCAAAAAGAUAAAAGAAAAGAGUUACCAUUUUUACAGACAACAUUUUUUAACUGCUAUACAUGCACAGGUGUAUUUUCCGACGAAUAACUCUAGCCUUGUUUUGUGAGACCCGACAAUGAGAAACCAUUGAGAGCCUAUGUUGUGUCUGUUAUGGACAACUCGCUUUUUUCAUGGAAGAAGGACCAAAGUUCAUACUAUUUCCUACUCAAUAGCGCAGAAUCCAUUUCCCUAUUAAGGAGAUUUGUGUUGGCCUUACAGCUCAGAGACAUUAAUAUUCACACGAUCAUACGCUGAAAUGAUGAUGAUGAUUGUUAUUGUUAUUAUCAAUAUUAUUAUUGUUGUUGUUCACUUUUUGUUUUUUGGGGGGCCCUAGACCUUUUGAUCUAUUUUAAUAGAUCCGAUAUACUGUGAAUUUUGCAUGGUUUUGUCCAUGUUUUUAAGGUUGGUUUUGCCCAUCCCGCCAUACAUUUUCUUUGCGACACAUCAACGAAACACUUGUUAGCCUGCUUCAGGCGUUUGGUUCGGAUAGUGGAGUGGGCACGAAGGAAGAGAGCGAGAAAAAAAAUAAGGUGAAAAGAGGUUGGUUUUUUUCUCUGCUCAGAUUUCUUUGCGCCGUCCCCACCAUCCGAACGCCUGGAACAGGCUACUGAACUCUCGUACUCUUGCCCUCCGGAAACACGUGAUAUGGCGUUAAUUGGUGGGUGUUAGGGUUCAAUGUUAGGGCUUAAAACAGAGUGAGUGGGUAUUUAACCCGCGGCAGUGUUAGCUCAGUCGGUAGAGCGUGUUCACUGCAGAGCGGGAGGUCGCGGUUUCGAUUCUCGAGGCUGGACCAAUACUUAGGGUCUUAAAAUAACUGAGAAAUGAAGGUACUUCCUUUGCACUGCAAAAGGCUAGACCUUCGCGUGGCUCGGAUGACCACGUGAAAUGGCAGUCCCGUCUCCAGUUGGAGACGUAAAAUAUAGUGUCCCCAAUUAGUACUUUCGUGCUUAGCUAAAGUGCAUUUUAAUUUUUAUUUAUUUUUGUUAUUACUUUUUUCACAGCAGAGAUUUUCUGUGUUGUCUGUUGUUACGCCAUCUUGACGAGCUACAAUAAAGGCGAAACAGCUGUUGCUGGCUACCACUCCACUCUGUUUUGGGUUCUAUCGGUGUCGUGUCGAUGUCUUGAAAAGUUAAUUCUCACGUAGUACGAUUAGCGUUGCAGAGUUCAAUAUAAAUUAUUGUGUCUACUUGGUUUAUUUUGCUGAUCAGAUCUUCUGUAGAUAUUCCUUUGUACAACUUAUGGCAAACAAAACAAUAAACAAUAAACAACAAAGGCUUAUUCGUUUGCGGUCCUUUGUAGUUCUUUGCAGUUAAUGUUCACAAUUUUUCCUAUUAUAUACCAUUGUUAGAAACAUGUUUACAGGUACAGUUAACCUUAAAUGAAAGAUUGAGACCUUGAGUUCUUGUGGUGCACGUCUGCCGAUGUCAAGGAAAACUAACUUGGAUUUCCUUGAAAGGCUGUCUAUACAAGCCCUGAUUAUUAAUACUAUUAUUAUUAUUAUUAUUAUUAUUAUUAAUAUCUCUUUCCAAAGAAAAUUCUUCCAGUGUUCAUUUUUCCAACUUACUCUUCCCUUCGAUACGACCUAACUUAAUUUCUUUAUUUACAUCACAUCCAACAGAAACAUUAUUGUAAAUUCAGUCAACGAUGGCCAGUGGCACCACAUUUGUGUAGCGUGGGAAAACGCUGAAGGACAAUGGGCUAUCUUCAAGGAUGGGUCAGUGGUGGAUACUAAAACAGGUUUUCAGGUUGGUUAUAAUAUUGGUCCGGGAGGAAAGUUGUUCAUUGGCCAAGAACAAACACGAGAAAAGAACUUCGAUUCAAAGCGAUCAUUUGUUGGUGAACUGGCAGAUUUCAACUUCUGGCCAGCGUAUGUGACGCUCAUAGAAGUCCUUCGCAUGUCUAAAUCUUGUAUAAAUAGAAAAGGAGAUUUAUAUAAGUGGUCUAAACUUAGGCAUAGGGUUAAAGGAGAAGUAGUAGUCAUUAGGCCUUCUUCGUGCAGGCCCUGA